GCCGCAGCGACUUACUUGGAAGGCAAAGGAAGCAGCUAUAUGCGGCCGGAAGACCAAGAGCUUGCUUGUCCUCCCCCACAGCAGCAACAUCUGGGCGGUCGAACAAGCCUUCAAUCCGGCGGCGAAUUGCACGCGCCGUGAACAGCGCCCGCCAUCGAAGCUCUCAAUUCAGAGAGAGCGAUUGAGCAAGAGAGAUGGGAGACCCGAACCUCUUCCUUGCCGUGAUCUUAUUCUCGCUUCUGCUCUCGUCCUCGGCGAAGGUCGUCGCCGAUUCGGGAGCGGAUGCUAGCGGCAGGAGCUCGGGAUCGGACUGGUGGCAGAUCCUUACCAAGCGAAACUUCUCCUCCCAGAUCCGCCGCCAUCCCCAUAUCCUCCUCAUGGUCACCGUUCCAUGGUCUGGUGAGUCACGAUCCCUAAUGAAUGAAAUAGCACAUCUGAUUGCUGAUAAAAAAGAGAAGCUCGGCUACCUAAGACUGAUGGUUGUUUAUAAAAAUACUGACAAGAUGGUGGCUGAUGUUCUUGGUGCUACUGAGGGAAUAACAUUAUUUUACUAUCACCACUCCAUGUCAUACAAGUACCAGGGGAGGCUUCGUUCGCAGAACAUCCUAUCUUCAUUAUAUCAUUUUAUGUCACUUAAACAUGAAGAGAUUCCUCUGAAGCCCCUGCACAGUCAAGAAGACUUGCAAAAUUUUUUUGAAUCAACAGAUAACGCCAUACUUCUCCUUGAGUUCUGUGGGUGGUCAGCUAAAUUGUUGCAUAGAAAGAAUAAUGAAAAUCAUGAGACUUCGCUGUCUGUCCAAAAUAGUUCAGAGCAUGUUGACAUCAUGGGUGAAAAUUUUACCAGAGGAGCAGAUGGGGCACUAGCAUUUCACAAUGCAAUCCAGAAGGGUAAGGAAAAUGAACUAACGUGUGGGCUCGAAGAUGGGAUAUCUGGUUCUCAUUUGCAUGGUGGAUUUACCUUGGCAAAUCAAAGUGCUUUGAAUCAAAAUGAAAAUAGAAGUGUUGGUUAUGGGAAAUCAUGUACGAUGGAAGAGUUUCAGCGAUUUGAAUCCAUUUUUACGAAGUUCACAGCGAUUGCAAGGGAGCAUUUUCUGCCUCCAGAAAGGCAGAGGUUUGGUCUAAUAUCAGAGAGAUCUUUGCUUCCUUUCUUAGGUGUUGGCAGUCCAGAGACAUGGUUGAUUAUCCUUCAUUCAUCUGCAUGCCCUAAUUGUUCGGUGAUAUUUCAAGAAGAAGAAGAUCUUAGAACAAUCCUUCAAAACCACCACUCUCUUGUCAUAGAGCUUGAUGCCGAUGGACACAAUCUUGAGCCUGCAUUUCCAUCAGACAGGCCUUCAAUCAUUCUUUUUGUUGAUAGAUCUUCAGAGUCAUCAAAAGUUAGAGGAGAGAGCAAAUCAUCUCUUGAGGUUCUUAGAAAGUUUGCAUGGUACAAUCAGAUUUCCUACCAGAGAGUUUCAGGACUGGAUGGCAGUAUUUCCAGGAGUUCCUCUGGACAAGCUUCUUUUGGAAUGUGGAGCAGAAGUAUCUCAGAUGCCUUGGGCCAUCGCACUCGUAAAGAUAAUCUGGUAUCUAAGAUGGUAAAAGUCAAGGAUAACAUGGCUAUUAUGAUAGUAAAUGAAGGUGAAGGUAUUUCAUUGAAAAACACUGCUUCUGACAAUCAAGGUAAUUCUGUGUAUAAUAUUUUAACACAUCUACUUCACCAGAAGGAACAUGCAUUGAAGACUAAAGAAAGCAAAAUAAGUAUAUUAGCAAAGGAAGUUGGCUUUCAGCUUUUGUCUGAUGAUUUUGAAGUGCAAGUAGUAGAACCAUUGUCAUCAAAUGAAAACGAUCAAUCUGCAGACAUGAUUAAGAGCGAUGUGACAAGUCCAAAGGAUCCAACUUCAGAGUUACUGAAAGAAUCUGUUGAGCCAUAUGUCAGCAUGAAUGAUGCUGAUCAUUCGGAUUCUCCUAAUAUUACUGCACUGGAUGAAGGGAAGCAACCUGAAGCUAUAGAUAUGGAAACUGAUAUUCAGCAAACUCAGGAAGCAGUCACUUAUGAAUUUGAAACUGACAAAUUUUCCACUAGGUUAGACAAAGAGGUUAAAGUUGAUGUAGGUGUUUUCAAAAGUUGUGACCAGAAAUGUUGUAACCAAGAGGAAUGGGGAUCGUUCACAAGUCAUGCUGAAAAUUCUUUCCAUCUGGAGAAGAAGUCACCAAAUGCUAUGGAAUACAUAAAAAAAGAGCAAGUUGAGCAUACUGAUUGUCGCUCAAACGAAACAUAUUCGAGUGAAGUUGCACCGAAUUUGACAAGUAUUUCUAGCCUGGAUGUUUCAGGGAAUGAUGUAGCUGAGAAUAAGAAACCCAUGAUCAUAAGCAAUGCAGAUAAGCUGCAUGAUCAGCGCCAACCUUUUUUCAGCUCGUUUUUCUUUUCUGAUGGUGGUUAUCAGCUACUACAAGCCUUGACAGGAGGGUCUAAAAUUCCAUCUUUGAUAAUACUUGAUCCAGUUCGGCAGCAGCAUUAUGUAUUUUCUGAGGAAACAGAGAUUAGCUAUAGCUCUCUACUUAAUUUUGUGGACAAAUUUGUCAGUCAAAGUCUUACUCCAUAUCAGCGUUCGGCAUUGUCUACUCACAGUUCAAGGGAGACUCCAAGGCCACCAUUUGUGAACCUGGAUUUCCAUGAAGCUGAUUCUAUACCCCGAGUGACGGCCAACACAUUCUGUGAACUGGUUGUAGGUUUUGAGUCUUGUGAAACAGGAAAUGUAGUCUCAUUCUCCAACACUGAAAAUUUCUUAUCUGCUUGGAAAUUGGAUGUUUUGGUGCUAUUCACUGCUUCCUGGUGCGGAUUCUGCCAGCGUAUGGAACUGGUCGUGCGUGAAGUAUACCGAGCUCUUAAAAGCUUUAUGAAUAUGCCAAAGACUCAAGCUAAAGAUGUUGAUCCCAUGCAAAUCAAAGAUAAGAAAGAGGAUUUUGCUUUGCAUGGGCUGCCAUCUAUACUUGUUAUGGACUGCACGCUAAAUGACUGCAGCUCAUUCUUAAGAUCAAUGGGUGAGAAGGAACUUUACCCAGCACUGUGGCUAUUUCCAGCAGAGAACAAGAGUGCUAUUUAUUAUGAAGGUGAUAUGUCAGUCAUUGACAUCAUGGAAUUUCUAGCAUCUCGUGGAAGCAAUUCUCACUAUCUAAACAGGAAUAAAGGAUUUUUGUGGACGCAUGGAAGGAAACAAAGCAUGAACAAAGCAACCUUACAUGACGUAUCUUCUUUAUCAGUUCAUAAGCAAGCGCAUUAUGCUGAAGAUGAGCACAAACAACACCUUCUUCAUGCAGAAAUCAGAGCAAAUGCUGACCUUCCUACUGAAUCCCAUACAUCAGGAAACUUUCAUG